AUGGAGGUGGUAUUGGUGAAGCGUGGACCAGUCAUUGAACUGAAGACCGGGCUGUUGGUUGUACCAGGGAUGCCGCUCGAGCUGGUUGCGGGUGUACUGCCGGUGAUGGUAUCCAAGCUGCUGACCCCCUGGACACUGCUUGAUGUGCUACUCGAAAAGCUGCUCGCGGCAUUGCUGGAGGCACUGGAAGUGCCAGCAGAGCUCGACGUACCAGUAGAGCUUGAAAUGCCAAUGGUAUCGACGCUGCUUGAAGUACUCAUCGACGUUGCCUGGGUAGAGUUUGAAGACGUGGAGAUGCUCGUGGUCGAGGAUGCUGAUGAUGUUGUGAAUGUGCUUGCUAACCCAGUGCUCGUGGAGUCCGAACUAACGAUCGUGGUACUCGUCAAACUCACAGAUGUUGAUGACGAAAUCUCCGACGUAGAAGAUGUAGUUGCCGAGGUCAUUGUGUUGCUACUUGUCGAAGACACUGUGGUACUUGAAGGGACAGUAGAGCUUGUCGACGUCGGAACCGAGGAGCUUGAUGAGCUAGACGAGGUUGUAGAUAUGACCGAGCUCGUCGAAGUUGUUGACGGAGUAUACGUUGAUAUGGAGGAAGGCCCGUAG